GCCUGGCGUCCGAACCGACGCGUUGCUGUGACGUCAUCAAAGUUACACGAAAAAAAGUUUGUUGUAUAGAAAAAGUUGAUUUCUGUGUUCAGUGAAUGAUACUGCGUAUUUUCAAAUUAGUUUUUCUGGAUUUAGAAGUUUUUGAAAAAACAUGAAACUUUUUUUUGUUACUUAUUUUUUUUGAAAGUGGAUAAAAGUGUUUUUCAAAAGUUUAUAUAAACUUUCUUGCGUAUUCCUUUUUAUUAAAAGUGUGAUUUUGAUGGUUUAAAAGUGACACAUAUUUUACGUGAAAAAAGACCCAAAAAAUGGCGACACAAUCCAACACAACUUGACUGCCUCAAACAAGAUGUCUGUAAAAGACCUGAACUCAUCAUUCGAGGUGGGGUGGAAUGACAGUGAAGUGUGGGGCGUGCCCCAACUGGACCUCGACGUAUUCUACAGCCCAGAUGUAGUGAUCAUAGUGCUGUAUGUUGUGGUGUUAACUGCUUCGCUAUCGGCCAAUACGCUGCUGAUAUUUAUAGUCAUCAAGUUCCAGUAUAUGAGGAGCGUAACAAACAUAUUCCUGGUGAACCUGUCAGUAGCAGACCUGCUAGUGACUCUGUUUUGCAUGCCGGUGCAGAUCGCCAAGUCCGUCACGCUGCUGUGGUACUUCGGCGAGGUCAUGUGCAAGACUGUCAAUUUUUUGCAAGGAGUGGCAGUAGCAUCCAGCGUGUUCACGAUCACAGCGAUGUCUGUGGACCGAUACCUGGCUAUCACGCAGUCGCUCCGGCAGCCCUGGAUGCCGUCCCGCCGAGGGGCUUGCAGUCUUCUGGCGGGGCUGUGGCUCGUGGCUCUGGCCAUCUUCGCGCCAUUGUUAGCAGUAGCUACCGUGGAGAGGGAGUAUGUUCCUUCUUUGUCGAGGACGAGAAAUGGAUCGGUGUGGAUAGAGCGGAGCAUCGAGUUCUGCACAGAGAAAUGGCCGGACUCGAUUCGGAAAGAAUUGUUCGGCGCAUUCAGUUUCGUGCUCGUGUACGCUGUGCCCGGGUGCAUAGUGGUGGUAUCAUAUUCCCUCAUGGGGCGAAGGCUGUGCUCCGUGCUGCCACCGUUUGACCAGACAGAAGGCAGUGCUAACAGUCAACAGCGUCUUAGGAUUGUUCGAGAAAGAAAGCGAGUGGCGUGGAUCCUACUCCUCCUAGCAGUUCUGUUCGCGCUAUGCUGGCUACCGUACAACAUACUGCAGCUACUGAUUGACGUGAAUGCUGUCAACGUGGAAUCGGUGUCUGCAAUGUUGCCAUACACAUUGCUUUUGGGGCACACAAACUCAGCGAUCAACCCCAUAGUAUACUGCCUGAUGACCCGUAACUUCAGGCGGUCCCUUCGCAAGCUCAUCUGCCAUGAUCCUGGUAACAUACACUCUAGUACUCAUUUCCAUAUGCAAGGCUUACGUCAAAAAUCCAACACGUCUAGCAUGAGAACUUGCACUACUGUCACCUUUAGAAGCAGCAACAACCAGCUGGCGAGAACAGCGCCCCCUAGCAUCCAGUACGGGAGGGCUAAUAGAACCUCCUCCUUCAGAGACAAUGGGUGGAAGGACCGCUACCAGAAAACGCCACAAUUUUUGUAAAUUCAGCCUUCGAACAUAGGACUAUAGGAUAUAAACCGUGAUACGCAAUGUGAGAUUAAAUAAAACUAAAACUAUUAUAGAA